CUUGCUCUCUAUAAAUCCAGUUAACUUUUUGCAUGAACUUAAAUUUGUCAAUCUCAAAACUCAUCCUCAAAUCUUGACACAACCUCAAAAAAAGAAAGAAAAAACAUUUUCUGAACCUUAUCUCGUAAUCGAGUAUUGUUUAUCGAUUAUAAACAAAUGGAAGGAGGCUUGGGAACGAUGUUGAUGAAAGUGGUCUUAUUUGCUCUGGUUCAAGGCUUGGUGUAUCUCAUCCUCUCGAAAUCCUCGAGGGUUUUCUCUAAAUCGAAUUCUUUGAAGAGGGCUUACAGUUUCCGGCCGGCGAGGUCCGUUAGCAUCCGCCGGAUUCUGGCAGCGCUUCAGGAUAUGCCUGCCGGCGGCGAGGUGUGAAAAUGGUUCAAGGACAACGAAUGUGCGAAGCAAAAAGCCUAAAUUUUAGAGGAAUGUGUAUGAAGUGGAGGACUUGCAAAUUCGUAUGUCUAAGCGAAGGUUUUACUGAUGGUCGAUGCGAAGGAUUUAUCCGUCAUUGUAUUUGCAGGAAACCUUGCAUGGUUUCUACUUGAACUAAGUUUAAUUAUUGAGAAUGGAUAAUAAACAAAAUAUCUAAUUAUUAGAGUUAUUAAAAGGAUAAAGUAUACGUGUAUUCGAAACUCAAUUUUUAAUAUAGUUA